AUGAUCUCUCAGAAUCAACAGAAGCCUAGCGAUUUCUUCUUUACACCAUUUCCCUAUAUUCAAUCCGAAGAAACGAAGUGUUAUGAAAAUGUUUUUAAUGAUCGUAUUGAGCUGGGUCUUAGCGUUGAACUGUACACUAUGCAUCUAGUAGAAGCUGUCAAAGAUUAUCUUCAUAAACGUCAACCAGUAAUAUGCGGAAAUUCGACGUUACAUUCCUUGUGUGAUGUGUCUCUCAUACCGAUGAACUCCAUUCGCAUUGUUCAAAAAGCAUCAAAUACAAUUAACAAUCGACAGAAGUACGUGCUUGAUGAAAGCUGGCAUUCUGCUACUCUUCUUCUUCAAUCGAUGGAAUUCAUUGUUUAUCCAACCAGCAUGAACGCAUGUGAACAGUUGCGCAUGGCUCUCACAGAACGAUGCCGAUUACCAAACUUUGAAGUUCACUAUUCAUUGUAUGGUCAACAGACAAUACAAAAACAACUAGAAGUCACAACGGAACAUGUGACACAUACAAAUAUGUACAAUCAAAUUCGUGCUCAAUUUCCUUCGUCUGAUAGGGUACUUCUCACAGGAGGUGAUUUCAAACAAUUACUCAACGAAUCUAUGAGUCGUAUUACGGCAACAUUACGUAUUCAAGAAGGAUUUGAAGAUCUACAAGAUCCUAUAGCUGUUGACAAACUUCUCGAACAGCAGUUAUCUACUCAACAUGUAGAGCUCCAAAUGACAAAUGAUAGACUAUGGAAUGAACUGUAUUGGACUCCGGAAGUGACGCGACCCGAUUAUCUUGCUAAAGUUCUCAAUACAAUAGUUCGUAAAGAUGAUGGCAAUAGUGAAAAUUUUAUCUACAAUAGUCAAGCUGCAAAAGAUGCGAUGUUGUCUGAUUCAACUGAGCAUCGUAUUUUUCAAAAUGAUGUGACUCGACAUAAUAUCUCAGGAUUUGAUGUAUCGCGAUAUAACAUUAAUCAAGCUAAUUUACGUCAACAUGACAUCAAUGGGUUGAAUACGUUAAAUGAAAACGAUAAUCGAGUUCAUCUAAAACAUCAUGAUAAACAACGCCUUCAACAGUUUGACAAAAAGUUCAAUGCAAACAGCCAAUCCGAUUCAUCCUUUAAUUCUGAACGCACUAGCAGUGGUGGUGGUGGUGGAGUUAAAUUUUUCGGUAUUCAGCUUGGUGCUAGUGGUAGAAAAGAAACGCAUAUACAACAAGGAAGUUCACACGAUCAAACUAACAUGAAUGAGAACCAACAUGGACAACUAACAGAUCCGGACAUGUUGAAGGUUACAAAUAUGGACAAUCACAAUUUGAAUCAGUUCGGUAGUGCUCAAAAUCAUUUAAACGAGACGCAAACUCAUAAGGAAGAAUUUGGUAAGACUCAAAUAAAUACCAAUGACUUAAAUGAGAUUGGUAUAACUGCAAACAAUUUCAAUGCAACAAAAGUGGAUAAAGAUACAGAGAAACAACACACUUUAAGUCGUCAAGGGGUGGUCGAAUUCCUUCACGAUUUCUCUGAAAUGAUAUAUCUCGAAGGUAACAUUAUUAAGCCACGUCCUAUUAAUGCCCGUAUCGUCAAGAUUGGUAAAUUGAGUACGAACACGAAGCUCUUCUCCAAUACCGUUUUCGUCCGAAUGCGAUCGAACGUUUACACUCUACCUCUUCGGUGUAAACCGAAUGAAAGUGGCAACAAAUCUAAAAUAUGGCUCAGUGAUAGAAUCGACCAACUAGAAAGUCUUAUAGUCGAUCUGAAGAAUAAAGUAAGUAUCAGGCAGUGUUAAAUUCUAACAAAAUAUCAGAAUUGUCAAUGUAUUAAAAUAAAUUUCGACUGAACAGAUGUCAGCCAACUGGAACCAAACGAUCGAUGCUAUCUUCACAAAAAUGAAUGAUCUCCAUAAGAAUCAAACUGAGCUGAUGAAUCGAGAGAUCAAUGUUUUAUCCAACAGAAUGAACAAAGAAAAACAUGCUUUGUAUACGAACCUAACUGAACAGCUGAGCGCAGGUCUGUAAGCCCUCAUUUUGAUACUUAUCAUUUUGUAACAUGAGCGUAAAUGUGCCCAGUGAAUACCAAAAUUCCAUUCAUCUCUGAUGUAUCUUACAGUUUUCUCACAAUCUUCAUUGAAUUAGACCGGAGAAUUUUAUCAGUAUCUAUUUCACACUUUAUUUCACGACUCGGUGAUAAAAUGUGUAUAGUUGAAAUAUGACGAGACGCUUUAGCAACAAAUUUUCAAAAGCAUGAAGUAUUGAGAACAAAGAUCUUUUGAGUUGCUGCCUGUGAACUGAAUUUUCUUUUAAAUUCAAACUCUAAUUAGACGUCGCAUAAGUAAGUGAAACUGUUAUUUUCCUGUAACGAACGUGCACUUCUAACUAUCACGCAUCAUUAUCAUGAUCUACUGGAAAUUAGCAACGGGGCACUCACUGUAAGUUCACUCGAUCAAACAACUAUUGUAGAUGACGUGUAUCCCUUCAUUAGAUCAUCCUAAUAUACGAAUGCAGUUUCGUAUUUACUUUUCUAGCUGUGUGCUCUCCUCAAUGCAUGAAUAAUGGAAAUUGCACUGGACCCAACACUUGUACUGUAAGUCUCAAAGAGCUCUUCAACGAAAUGCUCUAUAAUGUGAUACUUGAUUUUAUAGUGUAUGUCAUCAUGGACUGGAUCUCAAUGCGAAACACGUACGUAUUCAUUAAUAACUGCUUCACGUGACUGAUUUUUGAUUUCACACUUGAUUUACAAUGUCAACAAGUCAGUCGAAUUUAUUCUUUUCUUAGCCGUGUGUUCACCGCGAUGCUUAAAUGGUGGAACGUGUACUGCACUCAACACUUGUACUGUAAGUCUCAAGUAGAUCUUCACCGAAAUGUUCUUUUAUGUGAUACUUGAUUUUAUAGUGUAUGUCAUCAUGGACUGGAUCUCAAUGUGAAACACGUAUGUAUUCGUUAAUAACUGUCUCACGUGACCGUUUUUUUUAUUUCGCACUUCAUUUACAAUGUCAACAAGUCGCUCGAAUUUAUUCUUUUCUUAGCCGUGUGUUUGCCGGAAUGCUUAAAUGGUGGAACGUGUACCGCCCUCAACACUUGUACUGUAAGUCUCAAAGAGAUCUUCACCGAAAUGCUCUAUAAUGUGAUACUUGAUUUUAUAGUGUAUGUCAUCAUGGACUGGAUCUCAAUGUGAAACACGUAUGUAUUCAUUAAUAACUGUCUCACGUGACGGUUUUUUUGAUUUCACACUUCAUUUACAAUGUCAACAAGGCAGUUGAAUUUAUUCUUUUCUUAGCCGUGUGUUCACCGCGAUGCUUAAAUGUGGGUGAGUGUGCGUGUGAGUGUGGGUGUGGGGUGUGGGUUUGGGUAUGGGUGUAGGUAUAAGUGAGAUUUCGCUAAGACACCACCCACACCCUCCUAAAUCUACAGAAAAGUAUCUAUGUAGAGACAUAGAUGAUGAGUAUUAAAUAAAAGAGAAAGAAAGCUAUAACUAUAUCUAUCGAAUCGUGUCUGUAUAUAUAUUCAGAAUGCUCAGCAAAACAUUAAUGAUCACUUAAUCGUUUCAUUAAUUGAACAUAUCGAUAACUUCUGCGCUGACUUGACAAAUGUCAUACAUGUACCAUGUUAAAUUAAAAGACAAACAAACUUUAACGACAGAAAAAAUUAUUCGAAAACCAUAAAUUAUUUUCUUUUCCUCAUUUUGUUUUGUCAGACAGAAUCUAAAAAAUUGUUCUCAUGUUAAAAAUCAUUCGUGAUCUCAAUAUUUUACAUAGAGUUUGUACUAGUUGACACCAUAUGCUGUGAACUUUUUGUUGAUUAUCUCUUUUCUUUUAUAUUAGCAAUAAGAUGAAACUCAUCGUUUGAAACAGCUUUUGAUAAAAAAAAAGUACUAAACUGAUUUUUAAAUAUUUAUUAAAGUCACCGCAACGUAUUCUUCAUCAAAAUUCAACGAUACAUCCCUAGAACCAUUUUAGAGAAUUGAUGAAAGCCUAACAGUACUAUUCAUCAAACUAUAAAUUUAUACGUCUCGUUGUUUUUUCCGUCUGAUGAUUUAUAUAGAAAAAUCUAGCGAACUGUAUACUAUAGCUUCAUCAGAAAGUUUACUAAUCUAAUCUUUUUUGGUUGUUUUAAAAUUUUAAUUGCCUGACACAU